CUAAGACGGAACAGACAACUGCAGCCAUGAAGCUGGUGAUGGUCCUCUUGCUGGUUGCCUUCCCCAUCUACGGCUAUGCAGGUGCUGGCUGCCAACUUCUUCAGGAUGUCAUUGACAAAUGCAUUGAUCCUGAAGUGUCUACAGAUGAGCUGAAAGAAUUCGUUACAGAGUUCAUACCAGACAAUGAGACUGCAUCGGCUGUUGAUGAAUUCAAACAAUGUUUUCUCAGCCAGUCAAAUGAAACUUUAGCAAAUGUCAACGUGAUGAUGAACAUAAUAUAUGACAGUUGGCGCUGUAAACCUUUUUAACUUUCCAAAAGACCUUUGGCUCGGGAGACUACCAAGUAUGAUAACAAACUGACUGCUGAUUGCUAUAAAUCAUUACCUUUCUUUAUAUUAUUUUGUCUUUUUAUCUACAAACCACAAGACAAUUGUUGAGACCUCAAAUAUGUUUUCAUUUCAAUAAACUAACU